AUGAUGGGACUGAUGAACUUUAGGAUAUCCAUUACUCUGAACCUCCACAACGGUUUACCGCCUCAUAGUGGCGUGGAGGUGACACUGGGCAUCGAACAGCGAUGCACAGCGGAGGUUGCUCAGGACGUCAUUGAUUCUGGAACAAGGCGACACACGCACGACUCGCCAUGGAGACUGUCUCAGACUGUGGAGAAGAGAAGGUUUCGUGGAGAGAAGGUUCCGUCGCGAAAUGUAGGCGGUGUUGGUUUUGUUGUGCACCCAUCUGUCGUCCAUCUCGUCGAUUCUCACGAGAUCCUGUCACCUCGUCUGGCCAUUCUUCGCCUCCACCCUCUGCGCCAAAAAUCCAUCAGUAUCAUCAACUGCUACUCACCAACAUCAGCAGCUGAUGAAUCCGAAUUGGACGCGUUUUACGAGGAGCUGGAGGAAGUAGUCCGCAACGAGAAGUCCUUCUACAAAUUCGUUGUCGGAGACUUCAACGCAAAACUAGGAAAAGCCACAGAAGAGGAAUACAGGGCUGGAAGAUUUGGACUAGGGGACCGGAAUGAAAAUGGCAAUCGUCUCGCCGGGCUGUUGUCCGCCGCUCGCCUCUGUCAUGGGAACUCUCUUUUCAUGAAAAAAGAUCAUCGUCGGUGGACAUGGGAAUCGCCCAAUGGCGUGACUCGUGCGGAGAUCGACCACAUACUCACCAACCGGAGGUGGUGUCUACUUAACGUCUCAAUAGUGACUUACUUGACUUAA